UACCGCUCAUAUUGAAAGAUCAAGCCAAUUAAUUUUUACUGUUAACCACACUCUAUGAAAAUUCUGGUGACCAUCUCCAAUCUGGAAAAACCCUAUUAACUCCUCAAAACCCUAUCUCGAUAUCGAGAUUGAUUACAGGGGAUGGGCACUUCCAUGGAAACUGGAGGAGGUAGCAGUGAAAGCCCUGUAGAACCAAAGAAAGGCAGAUCGAAAACCCCCAGAAAGCCCAAGGAAAGUCUUCUGAAGCAGAAAUCUCCAGCCGAGUUCUUCGCGGAGAACAAGAACAUUGCUGGAUUUGAUAAUCCGGGGAAAUGCCUAUACACUACAGUGAGAGAACUUGUUGAAAAUUCGCUUGAUUCAGCAGAGUCCAUAUCUGAGCUUCCCUUUGUAGAACUUACAAUUGAAGAGAUAGGGAAAAGCAAGUUCAAUUCGAUGAUUGGUCUUGUUGAUCGGGAGCGCAUUGAUGAGGAACUUUAUGAUGAUUAUGAGACAGCUAAGGCUCGUGAGAAAAGAUUAGCAAAGGAAGCUCGUGCUCAGGAAAUGCAAGCAAAGAAUGCUGCUCUUGGGAAGAAAGUUAAAGAACAGCCAGCUGCAAAGGGCAUGAAGGGUCGAGGUGAGGCUUCAUUUUACAGAGUCACAUGCAAGGAUAAUGGAAAAGGAAUGCCACAUGAUGACAUCCCGAAUAUGUUUGGACGGGUCCUGUCUGGGACAAAAUAUGGUCUCAAGCAGACACGUGGGAAGUUUGGUCUUGGUGCAAAAAUGGCAUUGAUAUGGUCCAAAAUGAGUACUGGACUUCCUAUUGAGAUCUCAUCAUCAAUGAAGAGCCAAAACUACAUUUCAUUCUGCAGGCUGGAUAUAGAUAUUCAUCGGAACAUUCCUCAUGUUCAUUUGCAUGAAAAAAGGAUAAAUGAUGAUAGGUGGCAUGGAGCUGAAAUUCAAGUGGUCAUCGAGGGAAAUUGGACAACUUACCGUUCCAAAAUAUUGCACUAUAUGCGACAAAUGGCUGUUAUCACUCCUUAUGCACAAUUUCUUUUCAAAUUUAUAUCAGAUACAUCUGACAAAAAUGUAACUAUAAAAUUUGCACGGAGAACAGAUGUAAUGCCCCCUGUUCCUCUUGAGACAAAGCAUCACCCAUCAUCUGUUGAUUUGCUGUUGAUCAAACGCUUAAUUGCGGAAACUUCAAAACAGAACCUUCUGCAGUUUCUUCAGCAUGAAUUCGUAAACAUAGGAAAGGCACAUGCUGAACGGUUAAUUGGGGAAAUGGGUCCGGAAUUUAGCCCAAAAAUGCCCAUUAAGUCUCUGACCGAUCAACAGAUAGUUCGGAUCCAUCAGUUGUUUCGUCAAGCCAAGUUUGAUGACCCUACUGGUGAUUGCCUUAGUCCUGCAGGGGAAUACAAUCUUCGUCUUGGAAUUAUAAAGGAGCUGCAUCCAGACAUGGUUGCCACCUAUUCAGGCAGUGCUCAAGUCUUUGAGGGACACCCAUUUGUCGUGGAGGCUGGUGUCAGUGUGGGUGGAAAGGAUGUUAAGCAGGGGCUGAAUAUUUUUAGGUUUGCAAACCGCAUACCACUUCUUUUUGAGCAAGGUGCUGAUGUUGUCACCAGAACUGCUCUUAAGAGAAUCAAUUGGGCUAGUUACAAGAUUAACCAGAUGCAAGACAAGAUAGGCGUCUUUGUAAGCAUUGUGAGCACAAAAAUCCCCUUUAAAGGGACUGGAAAGGAGUACAUUGGAGACGAUAUCACCGAGAUUGCUACUGCUGUCAAGUAUGCCAUUCAGCAAUGCUGCAUCCAGCUAAAAUCCAAAAUUAUGAAGAAAAUGCAGGCCCGUGAGCAACAGGAGCGUAAACGAAAUUUAAGCAAGUAUAUCCCUGAUGCUACAGGUGCUGUUUACGAUGUCUUGAGAGAAAUGGCACAGUUACAUGCAUCAAAGAGGAAACACUAUGAAGAAGAGGAUGCUGACAUACUGAAGAAAGUAUCAGCACGUUUGAUUACAAAAGAUACACUCACGGAAAAGCUUGCUCAGCAUGUUGAAAAGAGGAUGGCUUUGCCCAUGGAAAGUGGCUUUGCCUAUUGGAGAGUAUGGCUUUCAGCUCAUAGAGUGGAGUUGUCUCCAAUUGCAAAGAAGGGCUCUGUCAAUUGUUGAGGAUUUGAUUUUGCCCGUUGAUGAGGGGUUCUUGCCCGUUGAUGAUGAUGAAUGGCUUUGUCAAUUAUAGUCCCAUUGAGGAAGAGAGGCUUCGACCUAAGGUGGAGAAAAGACAUAAAAUUCGAAAGGAAAGCAUUCUUGUCUAUUGAUGAGAGGGUUCUUGCCCAUGCAAUUGAAGACACCCUUUGUAGUGUAGUAGGUAAAGUAGUAAAUAUAUUAAGUUAUGUCUAAAGGAGAUUGAGAGAACUAAUUAAUGUAUUUACUAUGAGCAGUUAUGUGGGUGUAAUUGGGUUGAUGGAUAGUAUAAUUUUGAGCUUGUAAUAAUGAUUGAUUGUUGUUGAUAGUAAAAGAUGGCAUGCCUGUAGAUAUAACCCUAUGUGGAAAGGGUGAACUAUGUAAAUAUUAGUGUUUUAUGUGUUUGUUUUAUUUCUUUAUAAUUUA